CUGGACAAUAGCAAUGAACAGCUAUUUCGUUCCAGAACCAAACUCCACUGGUCAACAGCAGGACCCGCAGAUCGCGGAGUUCGAGAAACGCGGCAACUGCAAAAACUACACCCUGAAGACACUGGCAGACUGCGUUCAUCAAGACCUGCCGCUCCGUGUGAGUGUGUCGUCAGCCACCAAGAAAGACGACUACGUAGUGUACAAUUGCACCAUUUCGAGUGCGACUACCAAAAAUGCGUGGGGUGUCUCUUACCGGUAUUCGGAGUUCCUUGCCUUCCGCAACAAGGUGGAGGAGCUGUGGACAUGCGAGGACAAAGACUGCUGUGGCUCGUGCCAAGCCAUUCGUGAUGUCAUGGCUGCCUUCUUUCCCAAGAAACGCCCCCCGAUUCUGUCGACUUGGUUCGGGGCAGUGAAUCACCGCAAAGCAAAGCUGGAAAAUGUUUUGGUGCACUUGCUCCGCUGCGUGCUGCUCCCAGGCAGUGCGAUGAAGUGUUUCCAUGCGCGUCAGAAGCUCCCUACCAAUAUAUUUGAGUUCCUUGGCGUUAAGCAUGAUGCCGAUAAGCGCUCGCUUCUGCAAGUUUUUGUGGACAGCCACCCUCCCGGUAUCAAGAAGUCAGCAACUACCACCGAUUUGUCAAUGCUGGAACACCAGAGCUCCAUGAAGAAGUCUUCAACCACACCGAACUUGUCGUCACUGGCUAUGACCACGACUUCGGGUGACUCGUGCAAUGUGGAGCAAUGUAUGAUAUGUCUGGAGGACGUAGACUUGGAUAUCCCCCACCAAAGUGGUCUGAAUGGUAACUCUCCUAUCGUUCUCCAAUGCAAACAUGCAUUCCAUCGCCAGUGUAUUUUCGAGUGGCUGCUUUUUCAGUUCCAUUGCCCCGUGUGCCGAGCCGAGGUGGGCCCUUCUGCUGUGACUAACUACUGCCGCCCGAAGAACCAAGUGCAGUGGUGGCUUGGAAACUUCAAAGAUGAUACAUUGAAUUGAGCCACAAAGUAUUAAUGCUGCAUCUUAAUAGCCAAAUAAAGUAGUGAUGAAAUAUCUGU